GAUAAGAAGACUGGCAUUUGUUCAUUUAAUUUUGUAAAGAAAAAUAAAAAUUUAAUUUAAUCAGUUAUGCACAAUAAGCUGUUCGACAAAGUUGUAUUUGUUAAAAAAAAAAAAAAAUCAAAUAAAAAUUGAAGUAAAAUAAUAUAAAAACAAAAAUAACAAGAAAAACUUCUAUUUAAAACUUAUUUAUAAAAAAAAAGAAAAACAUAAACCAAAGAUGUUUAAAAUUUAUUUAAUAACUAUUAUAUUGAUAAAAUUAACUUUUGGCUUGCCAACAAUAAUAUUUCCCUCCGAUUGGGAAGAUGAACAAAGAUAUAAAGUGAUAGAAUUUCAGCCGAAAAUUCGAACUGCACCCAAAGCCAUUAUCUUUCCCGAAGAUGAUUACGAUGAUGACGUUGUUGACGAGAGCCAUAAUAAUAAUAAUUUAUUUAAAGAUUAUAAACAUAAUGCAAAAUAUCAUCAGAAUCAAUUAAAUCAACGCAGUUUGCCGGCUGUUGAUAAUGAAUUAAAUACUACGAAUAUAACAUUGGAAAAUCGAUUCUUAUUUCGAACUGUACGAAAUUGUAAAUGUAAAUUUAAUGGAAGAUGUGCUAAAAAACAGGAUUGUUGAAAUUGUUUUUAUUUUAUUAAUAAAGCAUUAUUUUAAACAAUUUGAAA